UAGUGAUUCCUCUCACACAGACCGGAGCGGGCGCCUUGGAAAGAUGACGGCUCUCUUAAUUAUCAGAUAGAGAAAGCACAAACCGAGGUUUCCUCUUCAGCGUGGAUGUAUCGUACUUCUGAGAAAUAGAAGAAAUCUAAGCUAAGAUAUAAAAAAAAGAAAUACAAUCUGGACAAUUCGGAUUAUUCCAACAACAUUUUACAAGACGAAGAAGACAGAACCCUGGAUUGUAAUGACCGAGGACGAUUUCGGUUCUUUUUUUCUUAUUAAAAUGCCGGUAAUUAAUGUUUAAAACGUGGACUGCCUGGACAUUUAAAUGAGGACUACCGCCGUCAUGAGUAAGGUGCAGCAGGUGCUGUGCGUCCUGCUGCUGUCGGCUUUCCAACUCUGCGGCGCACAGACAGAAGGAGUGGUCGUUUGUGCCGGCACCCAGAACGUCCUGAGCACGACGGGAAAUUCAGACAUCCAGUACAACCUGAUGAAGAAGAUGUACACUGGCUGUGACAUUGUGAUGGGCAACCUUGAGAUCACCAUGAUGGAGCACACCAGAGACUUCAGCUUCCUGAAUUCUAUUAAGGAGGUGACAGGGUACAUCCUUUUUGCCCUCAACGAGUUCAGUCGCCUCCCGCUUGAAAACCUGCGUGUCAUCAGGGGCACCACCCGUUUCGAGGACAAGUACGCAUUGGCAGUGCUGGUCAACUACCAGAAAGAUGGGCAGCAUGGCCUUCAAGAACUGGGCCUGACACACCUCACAGAAAUACUAGAGGGCGGAGUCAAGAUCUUCCAGAAUAAGUACCUGAGCUACGCCCCACAGGUGAACUGGCUGGACAUAGUGAAGGAUGGGACAGCUGAUAUUAUGAUUGAGGACAAUGGGCCUGAAAAGCCUUGUGACAGAGCCUGUGGGGACGUGCCAUGUUGGGGUCCAGGGAGUGACACAUGCCAGAUCUUGACAAAGACAAUAUGCGCCCCUCAGUGUAAUGGCCGAUGCUUUGGUAGAAACCCGAGUGAGUGUUGUCAUAAUGAAUGUGCUGGAGGCUGCACUGGUCCACUGGAUACAAACUGUUUUGCUUGCAGGAACUUCAACAACUCGGGCUCUUGUGUGCCACAGUGUCCACAGACACUGAUCUACAACAAGCACGCAUUCAAGAUGGAGCCCAACCCCAAUGCCAAGUAUCAGUAUGGCACUAUUUGCGUGCCCCAGUGCCCCAUAAACUUUGUGGUGGACGGCAGCUCGUGUGUGAGCAACUGCCCAUCUGAUAAAAUGGAGGUGGAUAAAAAUGGAGUGAAAAGGUGUGAGCCCUGUGGAGGCUUGUGUCCAAAAGUUUGUUUAGGUACAGGAAGUUCAGACAGACAAACAGUGGAUGCCCAUAACAUAGACAGUUUCAUAAACUGCACUACGAUCCAGGGCGGCCUUCAUUUCCUGGUGACGGGGAUAUAUGGUGAUGAUUACAAAGGGAUACCACCUCUAGAUCCAGACAAACUGAAGAUCUUUAACACAGUGCGGGAGAUAACAGACAGUCUCAAUAUCCAGGCGUGGCCCAAAAACAUGACUGACCUGUCUGUCUUCUCCAACCUCCAAACUAUUCAAGGCAGGACACCUUACAAAGGAGUGAGUUCUAGAAGGAGUUACUCUUUCCUGGUGAUAAAGAUCGAAUCCCUGACCUCCCUUGGGUUGCGAUCACUGCAAAACAUAAACGACGGCGGCGUCUACAUCAUGGGAAACAAAAAGCUCUGCUUCUACAACAAAAUCAACUGGACACGCAUCUUGAACAUCGGCCCUCAGACACCGAAGCGGCAGAGGAACGUUGCCGUGAAGGAAAACCGACCCUUUAGUGAUUGUGUCGCUGAGGGUCAUGUGUGCGACCCUUUGUGCUCCACCGAUGGCUGCUGGGGUCCUGGGCCAAACCAGUGUGUUUCCUGUAAGAAAUACAGCAGGGGAGGAACAUGCGUGCCAGACUGCAUGUUCUUAUCUGGGGAGCAAAGAGAGUUUGCUACUCAAUCAGGGGAGUGUAUGCCCUGCCACCCAGAGUGUAAGGUCCAGGAGGGGGAGGAGACAUGCAAGGGCCCGGGAGCAGAUCAGUGUACUUCAUGUGCCACCCUGCAGGAUGGUCCACACUGUGUCUCCUCAUGUCCAGAGGGUGUGAUGGGAGGGGAGGGAGUCAUAUUUAAAUACCCCAACAAGCAGGGCAGCUGUGAACCUUGCCACGUCAACUGUACCCAAGGGUGCACUGGUCCAAGAAUUGGGGACUGUGUGGGGUCAUCCCGGUACAUUUCUGGACAAGCGACUGCAGCUAUCGUACUGGGAGCGGUGGCCGUUAUCUUUGCCUCGUUCUCUAUUUUCGUGCUGACUGUUCUGUACCGCAGAGGUCUCGCCAUCCGUCGCAAGCGAGCUAUGAGAAGAUAUAUGGAGAAUGCGAGUUUAGAGCCUCUGGAGGAGAAAGAGGCUAAAGUCCAUGCUCAUAUCUUGAAGCCAACAGAUCUGCGUAAGCUCAAGCUGCUGGGUAAUGGAGUGUUUGGAUCAGUCUAUAAGGGCCUUUGGAUUCCUGAAGGUGAUACAGUGAAGCUUCCUGUCGCCAUAAAGGUUAUUACUGAUCGCACAGGUCGACAGACGUUCUGUGAACUGACAGAUCACAUGAUGGCAAUGGGAAGCUUGAACCACAGUAACGUUGUCAGGAUCCUGGGUAUAUGUCCUGGUGACAGCCUGCAGCUGGUCACCCAGCUCAGCAGUCCAGGCUCGCUGCUGGAGCACGUCAGGAACUACAAGAACAAGCUUAGCCGGCAGAGGUUGCUCAACUGGUGUGUUCAAAUCGCAAAGGGUAUGAAUUAUCUGGAGGAGAACAGAAUGGUCCACAGGAACCUGGCCGCCAGAAACGUCCUCCUGAAGAGUAAUUUCACUGCCCAGAUUUCGGACUACGGCAUCGCAGACCUGCUCUAUCCUGAUGACAAGAAGUACUUCUACAAUGAGGUCAAGACACCAAUUAAGUGGAUGGCCUUGGAGAGCAUCUUGUUUCGCAGAUACACACAUCAGAGUGACGUCUGGAGUUACGGUGUGACAAUCUGGGAGAUGAUGUCUUAUGGUGCAGAGCCGUACACAACAAUGCGUCCACAGGAAGUUCCUGACUUGCUGGAAAAAGGCGAGCGUCUGUCCCAGCCUCAGAUCUGCACCAUUGACGUGUACAUGGUCAUGGUUAAGUGUUGGAUGAUUGAUGAGAAUGUCCGCCCUACAUUCAAGGAACUGGCCAACGAAUUCACCAGAAUGGCCAGAGACCCAUUUCGUUACCUGGUUAUCAAAGAGGACUGUGGUCAACAGGACUCAGCCCCAGAUGAACUCGCACACCGGAGUACAGACCUGGACGACCUGGAUGAUCUGGAUUUUGAACUGGAGGACGAGGGUGGUGAGGGGGUGGUGGAUGUCUCGACUUCAGUCCCACAUUACUCCAGAAGUCUUUCCCGUCUCUCCAAGAUGGAAACUCACAGAGUGAUUCCUAAUCCAUCAAGCGGGACAGGAUACCUGCCUAUGACCCCAAGCACUGGCAAUGCAGGGCAGGCAACGUGGCAGUCGCGCUCUCGACUGAACUCCGCCCGCACUGUGUCUGAGAGCUCAGAGUGCUGUGAUGCAGCACUAGAGUUUGAGAUGAGCGAGGACUUCGCCAUGACAGGGAGCCUGAAAAGAAGACGUCAUCGCGAGGACAGUGCUUAUGUGUCACAGAGGGACAGCAUGUCCGGAGGGCCACCAGAGACUCCCUCACCAGAGAUAGAGGAGGAAGACCAGAAUGGAUAUGUGCUUCCUGGAGGCACCCCAGAGAGAGAUACCUUGCUCAACUCAUCUCGAGUCGCCUCUGGCAGGUUGGGCAAAUCUCACUCAUCAGGCCUCUUGGAUGACCCAGAUGAAGAAGAAUAUGAGUAUAUGAACAAGCAGAUAUGUGUAGCACCUGUGCCAUCUAGGCAGAGCAGCCAGUGGCUCAAGCCCAACAAGAAACGGACCUCCUCAGUGUCAUCACAAGCGACAGCAUGCUCAUGUGAUACCACGCUAUCCAUGGAGGCCAGAGGAAGUCAAAUGAGGAGCAAGGACAACUCUGAUUCAGAGCAGCUGGGACCUGAUGAGGUUCAAUAUGAAUACAUGGACAUCAGAGGAACUGAAAGAGAGGAAGGCCCUCCAGAACAUGACCCUCCUCCUCCUCCAGCCUCGGCAAGGAUGAAGGCAGGGGUUGAAAAGGAGGGGGACGAAGAAUAUGUGGAGGACAGUGACUAUCAUUACACAAACAGACAGCCAAAGCUCCGACAAGCUCUUCAAGAAAGGAAGGAAGUGAAGCUACAAGGGAGAGACGACGAAGAGGCGUACGAAUACGAGGACAUGGACUGCUUUGCUGCCCCACCACCAACAGAUGAAGUGGUGUACCAGAACAUGCAGCGGGAGGGGCAGGGAGGGGUGGGGGGCACAGAGGCACAAAAAUCUGGGUAUGACCCAUACGUGAAAGUGCGAGCUGGAGUUGGUGUGUGUGAACCUACUGCUAGUGACAAUUCUUUUGACAAUCCAGGCUACUGGCACAGCAGGAUGUUUAUGAAGUCCAAAGCAGUGCCAACAUGAAGAACAUUUUUAAAAAUCAUGGACAUUUCUCAGACCCAUGAGUCAUGAAGGAGCUGAAAAAAGAAAGGCAGUCAAAAGCUAUGUGACACAACAUGUGUGACUUCUUUGCACCUUUGUUGUUUGUGAUCUCUUUUAAUGAUGAUAUAUGAAAAACAUUUUCUACUUAAUAAAAAUAUUUUGGAGCAGCAA